AUGGCGAUGCUCGAGCGGUGGGCGGCGAUGCAGCGGGAGGAGCUCGGCAUGCAUCAGACCACCAGCAGCUUCCACGAGGGGCUCGCGCGCGGUAUCAUUUGGAUCACCGGCCGCGGCAGGCGCCGGCGCGUGGGUCUGUGCGCUCACACCGCGCGUUUACUUGCCCGACGCGAAGAUGCGUGCGCGGAGCACGCGGGUCUUCGACGGCAGCUUAAGUUACGCGACACGCCUACAGUACAACCGCAAGAACUGCCUCGUGGCCAUGCUGGUGAAUCAGCAGGGUGUGAACGUCAUUCGCAACAUUGA